UCAAUAGUAAAUAUAGAAGGAUAAUCAAAUUUGAAAUUUUACGAUAAUUCAUCAUUAUUUGGUUAUUUUAGAUGGAAUAAGGAAGGAUUCACAGUAUAUUAUUUGAUAACAAUAUUGGUGAUGGUGCAUAUAUUAAAAUUAUUGACUUGUUUAGUUGGUAAGAUAUAAAGUAGAUGAAUUUAGGGUAUUUUUGUGUGGUAUAAAAGAGUGAAUAAUUGCUAACAAUUUUCAUGAUGUUGACAUUCACCUGUGUAAUAACAAGGGGUAUAAUAACAAUAUUAAUAUUGAUUGAUUAUGGUUAAAUAGAGUAAACAUAAUCAUAUAUAUAUGGAGAUGAAGAUAAGAUAGCUUAAUCUUAAACAAUAUAAUUUACAGUAGUAUUAGUGAUAUUUGUAGCAGUGGAAAUAGUGAUGGGAUUAUAGAGUUUAUUGUAUGCAGGUUAAGCGAAGGAGAAAUAUAAAUGUAAAAAUAUUAAGUUAUGAAUUGAAGAAAUGAGAGUUAAUGAGAAGAAAAUAGGUUAACAUUAUCAAAUUACUUAUUAAAUAACAUUAAGAUAAUACAUGGUUUGA